AUGCAUCCUUAUAGGAAGGCGUCUCCUUCCCCAUUACCUGUUUCUCCAGAACCACCACCUUUGGUUGAUGGAUAUCGAAGGCCUCCUUCAAUAUCCAGUAGCCCGUCGUCAGCUCAUAGCCAAGAGAAUGGAACAGCCAGGCUGACAGCCGCUGCAAAACGUCAAAAAUAUUUCCGAAGGCUCUUCAAAUUUCGUCAGAUGGACUUUGAAUAUGCUUUCUGGCAAAUGUUUUUGGCUGUUAGUCUCGUCUAUCGGGUUCGCGUUUGUUCUACGUCUUCACUUCGUUGGUUUCCUCAAAUUCAUCGUUUGGGUUAUCUUCGUCGAUUGCAUAGGUGUCGGCAUCCUUAUUGCAUCUCUAUUAUGGUUUAUCACCAAUCGUUACCUAAUAGUUUCACCUCCAAGAGGGCAGGAUGUCGAGUGGGGUUACGCCUUCGACGUCCAUCUGAACGCGUUUUUCCCGUUGUUGAUGAUCCUACACCUCUUUCAGCUGGCCUUCCUCAAUACUGUGAUAAACCAUGA